GAGAGAGAGAGAUUUGUUGUUGCACUUAGCAUUGCAUUCAUUGGUUGACUCUUGUCUGUGCCCUGACCAGGCAUGGAAUCUGCAAACUUGACCUAGGAGAAAGACACACUAACCAACUGAGCUGUCUUGAGGACAAGCAAUAAAUGCUGAUGGUAUUGUUGAAAUAGAUUUUGGAGCUCAGCCGGUGUGGCUCAGUUGUUGAGUGUCAACCAAUGAACCAACAGAUCACUGGAUUGUUUCCUAGUCAGGCACAUGCCCAGUUUUCAGGCUCAGUCCCCUUUGGGGGUCCAGUAGGUGUAAACUAAUUGAUGUUUCUUUCGCUCUCUCUCUCUUCAUUCAUCUCUCUCAAAUCAAUAAAAUGAAAUAUUGUUUAAGAGAAAAAUACUAUGGGUUAACUUCCAGGCUACUCAAUAUGGGACCAGUGAGGGGUGUUUAGCAUUGGGUGGAUCAGGAGGUGAAACCCAUUUCAUUCUCUCCUCUCUUCCCCCAGGAACUGAGGUCCUGUUACCAAGUCCAUACCUUCUGUCGAUCUCCAUCAGGAGCUGGCUCAGGCCGGGAUUGCUGCAGUCCCAUUGGAGACAUAUCCAGGGAAUAUGGCUACAGACCAGGCAUUUUCCAAUGGUCAUGGGCACCCACAGGGCAGCCUGGGCUGGGCGCUGCCACCUGCCAGACGACCCCGGGGAAACCUCAUUGAAGGACAGCACUGGGACUCUGAGAGGUGGCACGUUCUCUUCAGAGCCUUCCAACACCCAGAGGACGCGGACCCCCUCCAGAGCGUGCACACAAUGUCUGCGCUCCUCCAUCGCUGGCUGAGGCCCGAUGUGCUCACCAAGAAGCAGAUCUUGGAUAAGCUUCUGCUGGAGAAGUUCAUGACCUGCAUGCCCCUGGAGCUGCAGGUCUUGGUGAAGGAGAGGCGCGUGCAGAGCUUCGAGGAACUGAAGGUCUUGCUGAGAAAUAAGGAGAAACCCAGGAAAUGGAAGGUCAUCACCUUGCAAGAGCAGAAGUAUCUUCUGGAGAAUUCCUAUGUCCAGGUGGCCGAUGAGGAAGUCGGUGACACAGACUAUGUGUUGGACUUGUCCAUGAAGUCCCCAUCCCCCAUCAGUCAGACGGGGGUACAUCCUGAGAACAGCCAGGAGGUCAAUGGAGAGCCGGGGAACCAGCCAGGAACCAGUGACGUGGUGUGGGGACAGGUGAGUGUGUGAUGCCCUGAUCUGUGGGGACAGGUGGGAGCCAGUACAAGGGGACUCAGUGACCGUAGCUGCUACAGCAUUUGGGACAUUUGACACAGGAUAGAAAGGGACCCAUGAAUGCAUCCAGCGGAUGCAUUACGCCCAUGGGCAUUUCUGAACCAAUGUGGUCCACAGGCCAAUAAAAAUCUAAUUUUCCUCUAGGCAUUAUCAGUCGUGAGGAGUGGGGAGAGCGGGGUUCAGAAUCGCUUUGCCUCCACUGUUGAAGGCAGCGAGCAGUUGAGAUACCCGGAGAGGCAGCUUAGAGAAUGAAGACUAAGCUCUGUGGCCUUGGCCUGUGUUGAUUAGCUGUUGGAGCUUCAGACCCAGACUGCAGGGCUGUGGGUUUCAUUCCCAGUCAAGGGCACAUUCUUGAGUUGCAGGUUCCAUUCCCUGCCCAGUUG